AUGGGGGCCAAAACGGUGUGGCGGGCGGUAUGGAUUGAGGGGCAAUAUACAACUCGUCAAUUUCCCCCUUUGGCCCUGGUCAAGUGUGACGAAAAGCCGGGCAAAUGCGACAAUUGUUCGCGCUUGCGACUAGUCUGCUCUGGCUACACGACAUCACCGAGGCCACCCGCACCUGGUGAUGCGAGCUCUUCCGACCGUUCGAAGAGAAAGCGAACUUAUAGGUCUUGCACCGGUUGUCGUGCCUCAAAGACCAAAUGUUCUGGGGAGCGACCAACAUGUCAGCGAUGCCGAGACAAAGAGGCACGAUGCGUUUACGCAGAGUCAUCACAGCCUACUUGGGUGCGAAAGAUCAAUAUAGGGGCCACAAACGAACCAGAGUUCUCUCCAUCCGUCACUUCCUCGCCAGUUCGAUCUUCGGAGCAAAGAAAAUCCAGUCAAGAUAAUUUGCUUGGAUUAGCGGACGCUUCGCCUCCGCCACAGCCGCAGCAACAGCAGCCAUGUCUUCUCGUUGAAAAUUCGGAGUUGCUGCCAUCCUCACUGGCCUGGUUGGGUCACAGGUUAGCUGCGCCGCACCUUCCUUCACCAUCCAGGAUCAGGACUUUAGUUGAUGAAUAUUUCAACAACAUUCAUCCCCUUCGUGCCUUCACGUUCAUUCACAAGCCGACAUUUCUCCAAACGCUGGACGGUAAACUGUCUCAGGACUACCAGAGCCAUGCUCUCCUGCAUAUUAUUUGUGCCCUUGGAGCUCAAUUCUUUGCUCUGAACCAUAGUGAGAGUGUCCAAACUCUCCCCCCGAGGGCUGUGUUAUUUGCGGGCAAGCAAUGGGCUAGAGUAACCCAACGGCUUAUCCUUGAAGCUUUAGACACGGUGACAAUCGAAAACUUGAUGGCAGCUGUGCUACUGCAUGACUAUGCAGUUCGUCAAGGCAAUUUUGCAAAUGCGUUCAUGUUGAGUGGGAUUACCACCCGUAUGACGCAAGCAUUGCAAAUCAACCUUGAAUACAACACGGACAUUCUAUGUCGUGACGACGUCGAGGGGCUUUCUGUCACUGAAAAGGAGUCUCGUAGACGUUUGAUGGGGAGUUGUUAUGUCAUGGACGCCCUCGUUGGCAGCGGAGUUGACCAACUCACCCUCAUGGAUGAAAGAGAUAUCAAGAUUCAGCUUCCUUGUAACGAGCGCAACUUCACUCAACAAUUACCCUGUCUUACAGAAACCCUUUCCCCGGGGAGUUGA